AGGUCUUAAUCUAUCAUACAACCCUCUUAGACUCUUAGUCUCUCACAAGAAACUAAAUGGAUCGGUCCAUGAAGGUCUUUGUGGUCGUCUUCCUGCUUCUUGUGGCCACAGGGUUCCAGGGAGCAGUGCAGGUAGCUUUGGCGAGGGAUUGUAGGUCACAGAGCAAAACGUUUGUGGGGCUGUGCGUGAGCGACACCAACUGUGCAAGUGUUUGCCUGACCGAGCAUUUCCCCGGAGGCAAGUGCGACGGCUAUCGGCGAUGUUUCUGCACCAAGGACUGCUAGAUGGCCUUGUUUUCUUCUCGCUUACAUGCUUCCGUGUAAUAAUAACUGAAUAAUACUAGAUCUGAAUCUAUGCAUGUAUGAUGCAUAUGUGAGUGCUACUCCUAGAAGUACAUGCACAUCAUAUAAUCCGAACAAAGUUUCAGCGGGGAACCAGUUCAAGUUGAAUAA